UGGUUUCUUGAAUAGAGAGAUUUAGUGAUGAAAACCGCGUCGUAACCACUCAGGGUUCAUUUUACAUGAAAAAUAAAAAUAAAUAAGCCAAAUACGAACAAGUCGAUGACGAACAUACGUUACAAAUAGUUGAUGUCCAAAAUGAGUUCACCUAUAGCGGAGGAAAAUUCGUACAGUGAGAUCGAAGUCAGCUUGUCAGCCUGCAGCGUUUGUGGACAACAACAUGAUACAAUUACUUGUCCUUUUCUAUUGGACCUUCAUCAUAUCAAAGACACUCCGGUAUUAUCGAGAGCUAGACAAACAAUACCCCAAAAUCUAGAGAUCACAAGAAUGGCUGAUGGUUCGACAACUGUUAUUGCAAGGAUCGAAUUACCCAGAGGAACAACAUUUGGCCCUCUCUAUGCCAAGCGGAUAUGGACAAUGAAUCCAUUGACUCACUUUCCCAUCAGGGUCUUUGGAAACUCUGCCUGCGAAACUUACCACCUGGAUUAUUCAAAUGAGAAUAAUUCAAACUGGAUGUGUUUUGUUGAGCCAGCAUCAAAUGCUAAAGAGCAGAACUUGAUAUGCUAUCAGGUGAAACAGGACAUUUUUUAUACCGCGAUGCGUAUUAUUCCUAUCGGCGAAGAAUUGAGAGUUUGGUACGCUCCAAACUAUGCUUUGAAGAUGAAAAUGCCAAUCUUCAACAGUGAAUUUGCAAACUUGAGUGCAACCAUUCCGGAGCCAGAAAUGCAACAAAUAUUAAAAACAGAAUCCAACAAAGAACAACCAGGACUGCUGCAUAAGGACAUAGCUCAAGAAUUGGCAGAGAAAUUACCGGCUCAGCGGUUGGGAGCAAGGGAUGACAAGGUGACGUGGAAUUGUCGGAUUUGUUCUACCGUUAUAUGCUCUGUUGUUUUAUAUGCCAAGCACUUGAUGGAACACUAUAAGCCAUUGAUCGGCGUACAUUGCACCAUUUGUAACAAAAAAUGCAACAAUAUGACAGCUCUCGAAAGGCACAAAAAUUCUAAGCAUCCCGAAGACUCCUCGAAUGACAGUGUUGUUGGAAUACCAACAUCUGAGAGUCAACAGCAACAAAAUGCACAAACGAUUUUUUUCAACAUUAGCGACGCUGGCGGACAGACAUCGGAUGCAAUGAAAGAUAUAUUAGAGAAAUUCAAGGCUGGAAAGGCAAUCACAGAGAGUAGCUUGCUAUCGACAUCCUCCAUCGAAAAGGAAAAUCACCCAGAUCUUCCUCUGUUGGACACAAAUUCAAUCAAUGUCAAUGAUCUACUACAAAAUAAUGGUUCCCUCAUAGAAACCUCAUCCCUGAAAUCUAUUCUAGAGAAUCAGUGUCUCAACAUGAACUUGGGCUUGAGCGAUUCUAUGCUCUCUGAAAAUAUUUCUACGCCAGAUUCUGUCAAAUUCAAUGUGGAGGAAUUGGCAUCAGAACUUUUGGACAUCGUUCCUGAUGUAGACAAUAUAAACAAGAGAAUCGAUAAUCUGGAGUGCGAUAUUUGUGAUAAGAAAUUUGAUAAAAUUGACUACCUAUACCGUCAUCUACGAAAACAUACCGGAGAAUUCAUCUGCCCCUCUUGUCUUGCGGUCUUUGCAAGGAAGGAAAACCUCCUGUCACACACAUGCUUCUCUCAAAAAUUGGAUUACCAUUACGAAUGCCCCUAUUGUCAAAAACCGUUCAUGUUGAAAAAAUAUUUAAGAAGACACAUGGUGAAGCACACAGAAUGGAACAAUUGCAAGUGGUGCCAUGCGCCAUUUUCCUCUCCAACAGAGCUGGACGCCCACAAAUGUUCAACACCAAAACACGAGUGCCUGCAAUGUAACAAACGCUUCGUUCAUAGAGCUCACUUGAACCGCCAUCUAAAGUUACACGAAGAUCCAAAGCCAGCGGUCAAACGGAUGCGAAAAAAACAACUGGAUAAACCUGUAAUCUGUGAAAAAUGUGGCGAUGUUUUUAAAACUCCGUACAGCUUGAAGCAGCAUCUCAGUUUACAUGGAGAAAGAACUUUUGAAUGCGAUAUUUGCCAGAGGAGAUUUCAUCGUAUCGGAGUACUAAAAGAGCAUAAGGCGAUACAUCAAGCGGCCCAGAUACCCUGCAACUUAUGUGGAAAGAAGUUGAAGAGUAAAAAAGCGUUAGAUAUCCACAUGCUGUUGCACGGGAAUAAAAAGCACCAGUGUGACAAGUGCGAUAAAAGUUUUUUUCAAAAGUGCAACUAUCGCAAGCACUACAAUCAAGUGCAUGGGGAAAAGUCGAUGUACAAAUGUACCCACUGCCCCGCACAGUUUACAAACAGAGUUAACUUCAACAGACACAUCGAAAGCCACAUCAAACCUGCUCAAUUCACGUGUGCAUCCUGCCCUAAGUCAUUUCACAAAGAAUACCAACUUAAACGCCAUACUCAGGCGAGUCACAGUGGAAUUGUGUUUCGUUGUCCGUAUUGUCAAAUGGCUGCCAGGCAUAGGCAUAGUAUGCGAAGACAUUUCGAGAGGCAACACGGUGACUUGAGAGAAGCGUGGGACAGGCCAGGAUUCGUUAAUCAAUUAUCAGAGAAAUCUCCACCUUCACCGAUAGACCUAGCGAUAACGGAGUCUGAUAAACUUGUUCAAGUUAGCCACCAAGAUAGGAGUAAUGAGAAUUUCGAAAAUACGGAUCAUGUACAAGAUAAAGCUACGCUUCUAUCUGCAACAGGAAUGGAAGGAAAUGAAUAUUUGCAAGCGCCUCAAGUCGCUGCCACAAAUCACCUCGAUGAAAGUCAAGCCAAUUGUAAUUCGUUAAAUGGACAUGAAAUUCUUCUGCAAGUAGCGGGAAUCGAGCAGACUGGGACCAUGGAAAAUUCAGAUUUGUCGCUGACGGAAGUACCGCAACUCAGUAUAAGCGAAUCUGACGCUCGCUUAGCUGAGUCUGUUCUAGGGAACGCUUAUAUAUUCGGAGAAGACGGAGGGGACAUAAUGUUCUAUGUACUCGAUAACACACCGAUCAUUUCCGAGUACUAGAACGAGCGUUUCCACGUAAGUGAAUUCCGCGUUUGUUCCAUGCCCGACAGAGCAGACCUUUGGUACCAAAAGGAUGCCUUACUCUGUGAUAUUAGACAUAUGUAAUAUUGUUAGAUAGUUGGCGUGUGGUAGCACAGUUUAGUCUAUACCAGCUCCAUGAUGUCUACUUCUAGCUUGGUGAAUUAUCGAAAUCAGAUAAAUUUGAAUUAUUAUAAAUUAUGACCACAUUGAGCGUACGUACGUACAUACAUAGAUCCAUACGUGCAUAAAUACGUACCUAGCCGUUGAAUCUAAUCAUAAAGAUACGCAUGCACCUGCGAGUAUGCCUAUAUGCACUAAGUUUUCUUAGAUCCCGACACAGCCAGUAUAAAGGAUUAAGACUGAUGUUACUGUGAUACAUGUUCAAGUUACAUUCAGAUAAUUGGAUAAUUUGACAGCGGCAAGGAAUAAUUGAAAAUAUCGCUAUAAAAUCAAAGUGAAUAUAAUUAUUCAAGAUUUUAUAUGUAUGGCACUUUUAAUCUGAAUCGAGUUUCAGAAUCUAAAUCUACAUUGAUUCAUAUGGGGUUAUUUCAAUAUAGCAAUAAGAUUUCCAACGGAAUGGAAACGUUGAAAUUUUAAUCACUGUGAAAUCGAAUCACGUUACAAGAAUCGAGGUACAGGUAUAAGUGUGACAGUAAUUACUACAGCUGAACAUACUCCAGCAUAGAAUAAAACAAUUCGUGGACUUUUUGAUUAAUUUCAGCUGAAAUUGCGCACACGAGUUUGUAUGACUGUCAGGGAUAGCUAAGUUGUACAUAGAUAUAGAUAACAUGUACGAUGUAAAUACAAUCUGAUUAGCCAGAA